AUUCAGUUUUAUAUUCAUUUUUGCUAUUCACUAUUACCAUUUGCCAUUUGACAUGUCAUACCUCCGCCCCCAUCGGCACACGGCACCAUCUUAGUGAGUCGCAAUACGCCAGGCGUGCACCGAACACACACACUGGGACGCAAUCACCACCAGUGGACCAACAGGAACAGCAACAGCAGCAGGAACAGCAGCAGCAGCAGUACAAAAGCGACGAGCACAACCCAACCUACUACGAUGUACUUAAAUGUGAAGGACAAUUUGCAACUCCAUCAUCUUUCUUCUCCCGCCCCUUCAAGCCUGUUCACUCCACUAGCCACUCCUACCCCUGGGCAUCCAAGCCCACAGACAUCACUGCGCUGGGCAAAGCCAAAUACACGGGCGAACAACAUGGCGAUUCCAACAAGCACCGUUUGCGCCGUUCGGGCGCAUCAACUAAUGGGUCGUCUGGCGCGGGUUCUGUCGGCGGAUAUGCUGAUUCGAUGGCUUCGUCGUCGGUUUUCCUUGGUGCGCCGAUCGAGGAUGCUCUGCCGCCUUCAGUGUUCAGAUUGCCUGGUGCCGAAGGCAGCGCGCCGCGCGAGAAUUCUGCGGCUUCUGAGGAGUCUUGGGGUCUGUUGAAUGGAAUGACUGCUGGCGGACGGUCUUUACGCCGAGCCGAUCAGGUUAUUAUGUCUGUAUUUGACCGCAAAGUAAACUUGAUUUAAAGUAAAAAAGACUAGUUGCUAUAUGUUCACAUCGCUAUUUAUUUUUUGUGCGUUUAGUUCAUGGUGACAACUUGCGUAUACAACUGGUUUGUGCUGUUUUUUGGCCAAGUAUAUAACAUAUUUACCCUGUACUGACAUAUAGGUUUAAUUUAAUAUACUCACGCUAGCAUAUUCAUUAAUUUUUUAUUUUUAACGCAAGAAAAUAUGACUGAAUUCAACUUUAGCAUUUUAAAAUAAUAUAGUAUGU